AGAUCCCUCAAUGGGACAGAAGAUGAGAUAUUCACAACAUCCAUCACUGGAUAUCAGACGGAGACCACUGACUUUCAUUCCAGGGAGCGAGCAAUUAAUACUUACUUAUUAUGAUUUAUACAAGCCACUAUUGUUUAAUUUAUUAUGAUGCACAGUUAAUAUGACAUGUGUUACUGGCAACUCGUAUUCAAGCAAUAGAGUUGCAUUUAUUUAGUCGUUAAGUUUGCAUACAGCCGGAUUAGAUCAAUGGCUGGAGAUGUGCUGGAGGCCGUUUGGGAUCUGUCCGCAGCUGAAGAGGUUUCCCCGGUGUCUGAACUGUCCUUCGGCCUGCAGAACCUCCAGUGUCAGGAUGGUGUGACUGCCAAGAACUCGACCCCCCGGAGAAAACUUGUUUUGACGCCUGAAUGGGUCACCGCACCACUCCACAGACUCUCCAGAGAGAGAGAGACGCCAACAGUUUCUGCAGUCAGAAGUCGAGCAAGAAGUCUGUCCCCCGAGUCCUCUUCAAACAGGAAGGUCCAGUCCAGGUGUCUUUGGAUGGACGAUCAGGAUUCUGCAGCCGACAAGGAGAACGAGAGAGCCAAUAAGAGAUUGCGGGUGCAGUUGUCCAGCUGGUUCCCCAGUGCAGGUGAGAGUCCAGAACCAGCAGUGGGCAGAACCUGUAGACAGUACCGCAGUGAUCCAGAAGAUGCCGCCAGUUACUCAAGAGUGAUGGAUGCCAUAGACACGACGGUGAGAGUGAACUGCAAAUAUGAAGACAACAUUUUAUAUCUGUUUAACGUUUGUAACCAUUGCUCGCAAACUGAUGAGUGUGCUUGUGAUGGGUCACAGGCUGCCGUGAGGUUCAGGAGACUGAGGUCAUGCGGAGAAACCCCGCCCACUCAGGUGACUGAGGCUGCCGUCGCUGACAUCACCCUCAUAGGGGACUUCAGUAAGCAACAUCUGCUUCCUGUUGAGAAGGUCGGCCAUCAGGAGCUUCACUGUGUCAGCGCACACACCGUGGCGUCUUUGAUCAGAGGUCAAUUCGGUCCUGCAGUGGAGGACUUCCUCAUCAUUGACUGUCGUUACCCGUAUGAAUAUAAAGGAGGACACAUUAAGGGGGCAGUGAAUCUGUACACUGAGUCUCAGAUCCAGCAGGCCGUUCACCAGGCCUCAGCUGGAAAUGAGUUUUCCCCCUGUCCCACAGGAAACAUCUCCUCCUGGGGACUGCAGGGACCGUGGGCGGCUCAGCCAGCUGACUCACUGCCGGAGAAUAAAGUCACAAAAGAGGAGGGGUCAUCGCCACGGAAACCGAUAGUGUUCCACUGCGAGUUCUCAUCCGAGAGAGGGCCACACCUGUGUCAGUAUCUGAGGAGGUUGGACAGAUGUUUAAAUGCUCAGGUGUAUCCGAACCUGCACUAUCCAGAGCUUUACCUGCUGCUGGGUGGUUACAAACAUUUCCAUACCUGCUAUCCGGACCUGUGUGAUCCCUGUGGUUAUGUUCCCAUGCGGCACCGUGACUUCCGGGAGCAGCUUCACGGGUUCCGCAGAAAAAGACCCACUCGGCAGCGAAGGCGACGCCCAAUCAGAACACACCAAAGAAUGACACGUUGAAAUGACUUUACAUCUAGAAAUUGCAAUUCCAAUUUGCAUACUAAGACAUUAUGUUGUUUGUCUGAAGGGGAGAAUCUUAAAAUGUCAACCCCA